AUGCAAUACCAACUCUCAAUCGAAGUCUUCGGCACAGGCGAAGACCCCAAACAUCGCUCACACUGGGGCUUUGUCAUCCACCAGCCACCCCGGACCUUUGGUGACCUCCUGCACGUUCUUCCCAUCGACCUGGAGAGACUCUGGUACGAGUUCGAACCACGCUAUGGCACCGAACUCGAUAUCAUGCAAGCCUUGGGCCUGUGCAAUAUUGCGACCCUCAAUUCUGAACCGCGCAGACUCGCUAUCGAGCUGAUUAGCCAAGAGCCAGCCCCGAGGGACGGAAGGAGAAAGUGUCAGGAUUGGAUGUUCAGUACGCUGAUCUCGUUGGAGGUCGAGGAGUUGGUUCCGCCUGGGACGUCGGAGUUUUGGAAGGGGAUGGUUGGACUGCCUGCAAAAGAGGUUCAGAGGGCCGUUGGAAGGAAUUGGAGUCCUAUCAAGCAAUAA